UUAUAUAAACAGUUUAAUGUCAAGAAUGCUAAGGAAUAUAUUAUAUAUUUUUUGUUUUACUUUUUUGCGCCAAGUGACGCCUCUAAUCAACGAUGAACCGCCAGUCAAUGUGGAGAGUUUAAGGCAAAUGCUUAACGUUGGCUUACACAACAUCCUCUUUCAAAAUGCUUACGCUGAUGCUCCACAACAAAAGUCAACUUACGAUUUUAUCAUUGUUGGCGCCGGCCCAGCAGGUUGUGUUUUAGCUAAUCGUUUAUCAGAGAAUCCAAGAUGGACAGUGUAUCUCAUAGAGGCAGGUGGUACCGAAGGUGUUUUACAUCAAGUACCGGCAAUGGCGCCUUAUUUGCAGACAACGCACUCUAAUUGGGGCUACAAAUCGGUACCACAGAAGCAUUCCUGCUUUGGCAUGCGCAACAAUGAAUGUGCGCUACCACGUGGAAAAAUCUUAGGAGGUACGAGUUCUAUUAAUUUUAUGAUAUAUAAUCGUGGCAAUAGACGUGAUUUUGAUCGUUGGGCUGCUGCUGGCAGUAGUGGUUGGUCUUAUGCAGAAGUUUUACCCUAUUUUUUAAAAUCGGAAAAUGCAAAUUUGGCUGGUUUGGAAAAUUCACCUUACCACAAUAAUUCAGGACCUUUGAGUGUUGAAGAUGUUAGUUAUCGCACGCCAUUUGUACAUGCCUUUAUACAAGGCGCUGAACAACGUGGACACAAGCGUACCGAUUAUAAUGGCGAAUCACAAUUGGGUACCUCUUAUGUGCAAGCCACAACACAAAAUGGUCGUAGGCAUAGCGCUUUUCGUUCUUAUAUCGAGCCAAUUCGACACCAACGAAGAAAUUUACAUAUAGUAACUAUGGCUAGAGUAACACGUGUAUUGAUAGAUCCUGCGACGAAAACUGCCUAUGGUGUUGAAUUAUACUAUCGUGAUAAUUAUUACAAAAUUUAUGCACGCAAAGAAGUUAUACUAUCUGCAGGUUCUUUUAACUCACCACAGUUGCUUAUGUUAUCAGGUGUAGGACCGGCUGAUAAUUUAAAUGCAAUUGGUGUACCAAUCAUUAAAGAAUUACCAGUGGGCAAAUUACUUUAUGAUCAUAUGUGUCACUUUGGACCAACAUUUAUCACUAACACAACAACAGGUGCAACAGUAUCGGCGGGAAACCUUAACCUACAUAUAGUUAAACAGUAUGCAUUUGGUGAUCGUAACACAAUGCUAUCGUCGAUUGGUGGUGUUGAAGCAUUAACAUUUGGUAAAGUGCCAAAAUCUCAGGAACCAGCAGAUAUGCCCGAUUAUGAAAUCAUAACAGUUGGUGGUAGUUUAGCUUCAGAUUUUGGUUCCGGUUUAAAAGAAGGUGCUAAUAUAAAAGAUAUUAUAUACGAUCGUAUGUAUCGUCCUUUGGCAAAUACUAGACAAGAUCAUUAUACUGUGCUAGUAAUGCAAUUUCAUCCAAAAUCUGUUGGUAGACUUUGGUUGCAUAAUCGCAAUCCAUUUGAAUGGCCACGCAUAAAUCCUAAAUAUUUUCACAAAACUGAAGAUGUAGAAGUUAUUUUGGAAGGCGUAAAAGAAGCAAUACGCAUUUCUCAAACUCCAGCCAUGCAAAGAUUAGGAACAAGUUUGUUACCAACACCCAUACCUGGCUGUGAAGGAUAUCAAUUUGGUAGCGAUGAUUAUUGGCGCUGUUCUAUACGCACCCUAUCCUAUACACUACAUCAUCAGGUGGCCACAUGUCGCAUGGGACCAGCAACAGAUCCUACAACUGUGGUUAGUCCCGAACUGAAAGUGCAUGACAUUAAUAAUUUACGCGUAGCGGAUACGAGCAUAAUACCAUUUCCACCAACUGCGCACACAAAUGCGGCAUCGUUUAUGAUUGGAGAGAAAGCGGCUGAUAUGAUACGCUCAGACUGGCAUAAAUUUUAGUUUAACUAUAGAAAUUCUUAUAAGUUUCUUAAUUUUAGUGAAUAACUUUAAACGUAUGAUAUUAGGUUAAUGCUUAUAGCCAAAAUAAAACUGUAAAAAAUAUUUUUUGCAUGUUUAAUUCGA